GGCACGCAUACAUCAAUAUACAUAUAUACGCCAGAUAGGCGACAUAGCGCUUUAUAUCCAUAAUCAUAAACAUUCACUUGGCAUUUAGGGAAGAACAAUAGCUCUCGAUUCAAGAUGGUAUGUGUUCUUUUAAAUCCCGGUGCGUUGCAUUGCGUUUAAUGUUUUCAUUUAUAAGAAACUUUAUACCACUCUAAAUAUUCUUCAUUUCUUACCAAAUGUGACUAAUAUGCGUUGAUAAUAGGAAGCAAUUCAAGCUCCUCUGUUGCUCCUCAGUUCCACAUUCAGGCCCCUUACGUUCAGCUCCACAACCAUCGAAGAAGAAGAAUACAAUGCACUAUACGAUAAACGACACUUAUUCAAAUUGUUGACAUUACUCUUCAUCGGAAUUAUAUCAUUCUGUCAACUAUACGCCGCAAUUUGCAGUUUUCGCCAACUACAUAUGAUAGAGAAUGGUGCCGCCGCAAUCGAUGAGUUGAGGGAUAGGUUAAAGUUGGAAUUCACAGAUGGUGAUGUACUUGGAUUAGCGCUAGAUAUGAUGGAGGGAAUUGCACGAGAUGAGGGAAAAAUUGCUGAGUGGAAGAAUGAGGACAUACCAUAAGUGAAAAAUGCUUGGGAGAUUUGGUUUGGGUCGUUGUGCAGCCUUUAGUAGCGACUAAAAGUUUUAUAUCCAGUAGCGUGUGCAAAAGUCCCAGCAGCAAUAAGAACUUUGAAUUUAAG